AUGGCGACUGUAAGCUUUGCCUCGCGGGGCUCCAAGCUGCUCACCCCCUCCCAAGCCAGCGCCAACGCGCGCGCCGCUGAUCCGCAGCAGUGGGAAGAUGGCUCCCUCCGCCGCGUCUCUUUGCGGAAGGUUCCGCGCGCGCAGCCGCACGCCGCCAGACGCGCGCAAGCGGCGGAGCGCAAGGGGCGGAAGCCGCUGGUGGUGAAGGCGCUGGUGGAUGUCAGCUCCAUCGACGCCGUAAAAUUCGACUCGCUGGUUCGACGCCGCGUCGUCUUCGGCCAUGACGAGUGGAAGAAGCAUAAGUCGAGCGGGCGCUACUUCCGCCACAUCAAGACCAUCCUCACCUCCAAGGUCAUCGGCGCGCUCGGCCUGCCCGUCGGCGUCAUGACCGGCAUCGCAACCGCAAUUUGCGGGUGGAACGAGCUCGCAGGCAUGGGCGCGCUCCCAGAAUGGGCUCAUAUACUCCACAUCUCCAACCUCCCGUUCACCCUCACGGCGCCAGCGCUCUCCUUCCUCCUGGUUUUCCGGACCAACUCCAGCUACGGGCGGUUCGACGAGGCGCGCAAAAUGUGGGGGCUCAUGCUGAAUCGCUCGCGCGACAUCACGCGACAGGCGCUGUCGUACAUGGCGCGCGACGACCACACGUACGAGUACCCGAAGCGCGCGCAGUUCAUCCGGCACCUGCAGGCGUUCCCGCUCGCGUACAAGCACCACUUCCUCCAGGAAGGCUCGCUCGAGGAAGAUCUCCGGCAAUUCACGACGCUGAGCGACGCGGAGAUCAAGGGCGUGCUGGGCGCGACGCAUCGCCCCAACUACGUGCUGCAGAUGAUGUCGGAAUGCAUGCGCUCCUGCACCAUGGAGCCCGCGCACCGCCUCGCUAUGGAGGCCAACUUCGCCACGUUCGCUGAUGACGUGGGAGGCAGCGAGAGGCUGUUCAAAACGCCCAUCCCACUCUCCUACACGCGGCUCACCUCGAGAUUCCUCGUGCUCUAUCACAUGUUCCUGCCUCUCGCGCUCUGGGACCCCCUCGGCUGGCUCACGAUCCCCGUCACCGCCAUGUGCGCGGGGGUCUUUUUCUGCAUCGAGGAGGUCGGCGUGAUUAUCGAGAAUCCGUUCCCCAUUCUCGCCCUCGAUGUCAUCGCGCAAUCCGCGCGCAACAACGCCGCGGAGCUGGUGUCGCUGCACGAGGGCAUUCGCGAGCUGGUGGUGGGCGACGACGAGGAGAUGAAGAUGCUGUCGAUCGUUUCGCAGCAGGCGCUGCUGCCGGCCGAGCCUGCAUUUGUCGCCGAGCCUGAACCAGAAUACUCGUCGGAUUGGGAUGAGGAUGUUGCCGCUCUCGUCUCUCCCCCGAACUCUCGUUAG